AUGACUGACCCACCGCCGUCAUUGCCUUCCACAAUGAUCAACGAUGGAGUGGAAGCAAUUCGUCAGGCUCAAUACAGCAAGAGUUUUGAUGAAGGGCUUGCUAAAGGAUCUGGCGAAGGAUUCAGCAAAGGAUUUGAAGCAGGCCUCAAGACAGCUGUUGAAGCAGUCCUCCAAGUCUGCGAAAAUGACACUCAUUGCCGAUCAAUCGCCUUGUCAGUCCUUCAAGAAGCGUUGGGGAAGGAACAGAUGCCUGAUAUUGGCAAGGUUAUUAUCUCUGCGGAUAGCAGUAACACCAGUAGCAGCAAUGAUCAUGAAGAGGAAGCAGGCACCCAUUUUACGACUGUUUCAAGCAAUCAACAUACAGUGGUGAACCACGCUGCUAUUGCUGGUCAUUCUUAUAAACAAGAUGCUGUCCUCAGCAAUGUACCCAAUUGA